ACAGUGCGGGCAGAACUGAUGGAGCAGGUACCUCAUAUUGCUAUGUUCUGUCAAGAAAACAGACCUUCAAUCCCAUAUGCUUUUUCCAAAUACUUACUGCCUAUUGUGGUACGAUACCUCGCAGACCAGAAUAACCAGGUAAGAAAAACAAGCCAGGCAGCAUUGUUAGUUCUGCUGGAGCAAGAACUCAUAGAAAGAUACGAUGUGGAGACCAAAGUGUGCCCUGUUCUGAUAGAUCUCACAGCUCCAGACAGCAACGAUGAUGUGAAGACUGAAGCCGUGGCUAUAAUGUGCAAAAUGGCCUCCAUGGUGGGAAAGGACAUCACGGAAAGACUUGUCCUUCCUCGGUUUUGCGAGAUGUGCUGUGACUGCAGAAUGUUUCAUGUUCGUAAGGUAUGUGCAGCCAAUUUUGGAGAUAUCUGCAGUGUGGUUGGGCAGCAAGCCACUGAAGAAAUGCUGCUGCCGAGGUUUUUCCAGCUCUGCUCUGAUAAUGUGUGGGGAGUUAGGAAAGCCUGUGCUGAGUGCUUCAUGGCAGUUUCUUGUGCAACAUCACAGGAAGUCCGGAGGACAAAAUUGUCAACCCUUUUUAUUAAUUUGAUUAGCGAUCCUUCACGAUGGGUCCGCCAAGCUGCUUUUCAGUCUCUGGGGCCUUUCAUAUCAACGUUCGCUAAUCCAUCCAGCAGUGGCCAGUAUUUUAAAGAAGAAGAUGGCAAAAGCCCAGAAGACUGUAGUUCUACACAGGAAAACAGUGAACAAGUCAGGACUACAGAAGAUGUUAGAACAGAGGAUGAGCACAACAGGACAGAGGAUUUGUCUUCACACGUCGAUAAUGAUGAUUUUGCAACAAAACUUGAAAAUGCCAUGGAAGAUCAAAACACAGUGUCAAAUAACUCCCAGAGGGAAAGUGAUUUCCAGACUGAGUCAUCAUUCCAUUGCACUUUGUCUUCAGAAUCUUGUGGGGAAAUGGCUGACGAGAACGAGCAAGGUUCUCAUUGCUGUACAGCAGGUCUACAGGAGGCUGGGCUGAAUUCACAGGAAACCUCUCUUUCAGAGCAGGAAUUGUACAACUCUUUUCAUUUCUGGAGGACUCCACUUCCCGAAAUAGAUAUUGACUUCGAGCUUCAACAGACUUCUGAGAUAAUACUCGACAGAGAAAUUCAGGAACUCACUAUGCCAGUGUCUUCAAACAUUCCUAUGGCAACGAGGAAAGAAUUGGAAGAAAUGAUAGAAAAUCUGGAACCCCAUAUAGAUGAUCCAGAUGUUAAAGCACAAGUGGAGGUGUUGUCUGCUGCACUCAGAGCAUCCAGUUUGGAUCCUCAAGAAGAGACAGUGGCCAGUGUUGGCAAGGGAACGGAUUCGCAGACUGAAUUAACCAUCGAUGACCAACAAAAUUUUAAACCUAUACUGGGUGAUAUUGUGCCUUUAAUUGGUGACACUGUCGAGAAUAUGGAUUCUACACUUCACUAUAUUCAUAAUGAUUCAGAUUUGAGCACCAACAGUAGUUUCAGCCCUGAAGAAGAAAGAAAAUCCAAAGUACAGGAUGUUGUACCUCAAGCCUUGCUGGAUCAGUAUUUAUCAAUGACUGAUCCAUCUCGCGCACAAACGGUUGAUACCGAGAUCGCCAAGCACUGCGCCUACAGCUUGCCAGGUGUGGCACUCACCUUAGGCAGGCAGAAUUGGCACUGUCUGAAAGAUACCUACGAGACGCUGGCAUCUGACAUGCAGUGGAAGGUUCGGCGGACACUAGCAUUUUCUAUACAUGAACUUGCUGUAAUCCUUGGAGACCAGCUUACAGCUGGAGAUUUAGUUCCUGUUUUCAAUGGCUUUUUAAAAGAUCUUGAUGAAGUCAGGAUAGGUGUGCUCAAACACUUGCAUGACUUUCUGAAGCUUCUUCACGUUGACAAAAGACGAGAGUAUCUUUAUCAGCUUCAGGAAUUCCUAGUGACUGAAAAAUGGCGUUUUCGUGCUGAGCUGGCUGAGCAGCUGAUCUUGCUUCUAGAUCUGUACAGUGCCAGAGACAUUUAUGACUACUUGCGACCUAUUGCGUUCAGCCUCUGUGCAGACAAAGUGUCUUCUGUCCGUUGGAUUUCUUACAAGCUGGUUAGUGAAAUGGUAAAAAAGCUGUAUAUGGCUUCAACAUCAACCUUUGUGGUAGACCUCAUGAAUGAACUUGUUGAAAAGUUCUGUAGAUGCAGCAAGUGGUCUGGUCGGCAAACUUUUGUCUUUAUUUGCCAGACUAUCAGCGAAGAUGACUGCCUGCCCAUGGACCAGUUUGCUGUGCAUCUGUUGCCACACUUACUGCACUUGGCAUCUGACAGGGUUCCAAAUGUUCGAGUCCUGCUGGCAAAAACGUUAAAGCAAACCCUUUUAGAGAAAGAAUAUUUUCUAAACUCUGCCAACUCGCAUCAAGAAGCUGUGGAACAAACAAUUAUGGUGCUUCAAAUGGAUGAUGACAGUGAUGUUAAAUAUUUUGCGAGCAUACACCCUGCCAGUACCAAAAUUGCGGAUGAUGCCAUGAGCACUGCUUCAUCAACUUAUUAAACAGUUCUGAAUGUUGCUAUAAUU